UAAUGAAUUAAUAUUGGGAUGUUGAGAGAUUUCGAUUAAGAUAUCCAAACAAUUUCGAUAAUUUAGGCAGUGAAUAUAUUUAAUUAAUUACCAGAAAUGUGGAACUUAUUUUAGAUCAUUUUAAUUCAGCUUAGUUCCAUAAAGCUAUUUCUCUUCUUGCUGAAUUAUUUUCUUUAAGUUUGUAAUUUUAAGUAUCUUAUUAAUAAUUAGCGUUUAUUAAGUUAAAUAUUUUGCGGAAAGUUUAAGAAUAUUAUAAGACUAUCUAGAAGCAUUUAUUUAAGUUGAAGGGAAUUAAAUGAGAAUGAAAGAAGAAUUUAAUUAGAAUGAAAAGCAAAAGGCUGCAUAAUAUUUGUUAGAAAUUAUUGAAGCAGCAAAAAAUACAAUAAAUGAUUGGAAUAAAUUUAUGAAUCAAUAAAUUGAUAAGAAUAUAUUCACAGAAAGAGGUAAUUACUUUAAAUUUAUUUAAAGUUGAUUUGCUACGUCAUAAAUUUUAAUUAUAAGUGUUUUAGAAUUGUAUACGUUCAUGCUAACUAAUUUGAUAUUUAUAUAU